AUGGAAACACUUAAUUCAUUCCCAAGACUAACAAAAACAGUUGCAGGGGUUUUAAGUUUUUUUUUAAUUCUAAAUUUAUUAUUUAGACCAAUUUCCUUUUUUACAAUUAAUGUUGCAUAUAUAGCACCACCAUACUUUUUUGUAUGGACCUUAUUCACAGCAGGUCUUUACGAUACAAAUUUUUUAAAUGGUAUAAUUAAUAUUAUUCUUUUAUUAUAUAUUGGCAAACAUUUAGAACCCAUUUGGGGUUCUAAAGAAUUUAUCAAAUUCAUAGCAAUUGUAAAUUUCUUUUCAGGUGUUUGUUCUUUCUUUUUCUUUAUUUUCCUUUAUAUAUUUUCAAAUGUUUUUUAUGCAUACGAAACCAAUGUUUGCGGAUUUUCAGGUGUUAUUAUUGGAUUUUCAGUAGCAGCAAAACAAUUAAUACCAGAACAAGAGUUAGCAUUAUUAUUUUUAAAAGUUAGAGCAAAAUGGUUACCAAGUAUUUUUAUUCUCAUAAGAUUAGUUUUAUUUUUAUUUGUUGGAUUCAGUGAUAAGUCUUUCACUUUAGUUUUAUUUGGUGUUUUAGUAGCCUGGGUUUAUUUAAGAUUCUACCAACUUAAAGGUGGUGUUAAAGGAGAUUUAAACGAAUCAUUCUCAUUUGCAACCUUUUUCCCCGAGCCAAUUCAGCCACCAAUUAAAACAUUUUCAAAUAUUGUAUUUAAAAUUCUAUGUAAAUUUUCCAUUUGUGAAAAUAGAUCAAUAUUACCAACUACACAAAACUCUAGUUUUUCAAACGAUCAAAAUAACUUAAACUAUAGUGCUGCUGAUAUGGACAGAAGAAGAGCAUUAGCUGUAAAAGCAUUAGAACAAAGAAUGCAACAACAACAACACCACCCACAAGCACAACCACAACAACCUAUGCUACCACAACAACCCCAAACACCCCAAAACAAUACUAAUGAUGAAGAUAUAAAAUAAAGAUUUUUUUUUAAACACU